CCGUCAAUAAAAACAUCACAGCUGAUAUCAACUGUACACUAUAAACAGAUAACGGAUUGAAUUGAUUGUUAUCAACCAGGUACACUGAAAUGGACAAAUUUAAAUACAAGGUUGAGCUACAUGUCCAUCUGGAUGGAGCCGUACGACCACAAACAGUAUUAGACAUAGCAAAAUCUCGAGGAAUCCACAUGCCGCACGAGAAUAUAGAGGAAUUUAAACGAGAUGUUGUUUUAUAUGAACGAUCAACAUUAGAAGCUUUGUUAAACUGUUUUAGAGUAUUUAUGCCAGUGAUAGCGGGAUGUAGAGAUGCUAUCUACAGGAUUGCGUAUGAGUUUUGUGAAGAUAGUGCCAAACAUAACAUAAAAUAUGUUGAGACUAGAUAUUGUCCACAUUUGCUUGCUAAUACAGCUGAGAAACGAGAAUUCGCCAUUGAACGUGGAAAUGUUUCACCACGUGAUGUUGUAGAUAUCGUUUGUACUGCUUUAGAAAAAGGAUCAAAGGAUUUUAAUAUUACAGUUAAGAGCAUUUUGUGCAGCAUGACACACAGACCAGAAUGGUCAAUGGAAAUAGUAGAGUUGUGCAAGGAGUUUAAAUCACGUGGUGUAGUGGCGAUUGACAUAGCUGGGGACGACUUUGAACCAGGCGUGGAACCAAAUGAAUGCCUUCACAAGCAAGCAUUUAAGGUUGCGCUCGACGAAGGAAUCCAUAGAACAGUCCACGCUGGUGAAAAUGGACCAGCUGAAGGCGUUAAAGAGGCAUUAGAGCAUAUGUAUGCUGAACGGAUUGGACACGGAUACCAUGUUGUGGAUGAUGAAAAUUUGUAUCAACAAUGUAUAAAAGAUCAAGUUCACUUUGAAGUUUGUCCGUUUUCCAGUAUAAGAACAGGUUCUGUGUCCGAAGACUUACAAAAACAUCCACUUCUAAGGUUUGUCAAAGAUGGCGCCAACUAUUCUAUCAACACUGAUGAUCCGGUUGUUCUUGACAACAACCUAGAUGAUGAUUACCUUAAGUGUAAAGAAAUUGGGCUUACAGACGAACAAAUUGUACAGUCGAUAUUUAAUGCGGCACGUGCAAGUUUUGCUUCAGACACAGAAAAGACCCAAAUGUUGAAAGAUCUUACAUUGGUGUAUGGAGAACAUAAGGUAUAGGAAAGAAUGUUCUGAUAAAA